AUGUUGCGUGCUACCCAUUUAAAAAAAAGAGAGAACGCUAUAGUCGAGUACUUCGACUAUCGGAUACCCGUUACUCAGUUAAUAGAACGACCGGUUUGGGCUUGCACCAUCAAAGUUUCGGUCGCGGCAAUGUCAGGAGACCCUGCACUUCAUCUUCCCCUCUCUUUCACCACGAGAAUACCUCUCUUUUUAUUUUCCGGGAAGUACGUUCACACAUCUAAUGCAAUGUACUAUAGUGACUUGUUUUGCCUGCCCAUAAAGCCUAAGGUCAAGCGAAAAAAAGAUGCAGCGAAGAGCAAAUAA